GUGUUCAGUCUUAGCGGUUUCCUAUCAGGAAGCAACGUCAGUGUGCAUGUAAUAGGUUCCAGUGCGCAUGCAUGCUCUCUAUUAUUGCCAGGUUCCAAGAUGGCGGGCACCAGUCUGGUGGCUGGAGAUGUGGUGGUGGACGCGUUACCGUAUUUUGAUCAGGGAUAUGAUGCUCCCGGAGUACGGGAGGCGGCAGCUGCUUUGGUGGAAGAGGAGACCAGACGAUAUCGUCCAACAAAAAAUUACCUAAGCUACUUACCAACUCCAGAUUACUCUGCAUUUGAGACAGAAAUUAUGAGGAAUGAGUUUGAGAGACUAGCGUCACGCCAGCCACUUGAACUUCUCAGCAUGAAGAGAUAUGAAUUGCCUGCUCCUUCUUCAGGUCAGAGGAAUGAUAUUACUGCGUGGCAGGAUUGUGUCAAUAACUCCAUGGCUCAACUGGAGCACCAGGCUGUGCGCAUUGAGAAUCUGGACAUCAUGUCGCAGCACGGCUGUAACGCAUGGAGAGUCUACAACGAAAAUCUUGUCCGUAUGAUUGAGUCUGCACAAAAGGAUCUUCAAAAGUUAAGAAAAAGGAUUCAGGAUUUGAACUGGCAAAGGAAAAACUCCCAACUUACAUCUGGGGCUAAGCUCAGAGAGAUGGAAUCAACGUGGGUAUCGCUUGUGAGUAAGAACUAUGAGAUUGAACGUGCAAUUGUACAGCUGGAGAAUGAAAUCAAUCAACUCAAGCAGAAUGAUGGGGAAAACAAAGAGAAUAUCCAGGACUAUUAAAUGGGGCAACUAAUACAGCAUUUUCUUGGGCCUUUCUGAUUGAGUAAAGAUUUAUCCCUAGUAUAGAUUACUUGUCCUUUCUUUUUUCAUUGUGCCUGUGUUCCAGUUCUAUGUAAUCGUAGCUGUCAACCAAUUUUACCCGGUCUAUUGAAUGAUGGCCGGCUACCAAGAGAUUCAUCAUUUCGCAAUAGAAAAUGUUAUCUCUUACAAACUGCUGAAUAUGAACACCUCUUGGCUUUGUCACCCGAAAGUGUUGUAACAGGUUAUUGCACCAGAAGUUUGUGACUGCAUCAUAUGGAUAAUGCUUUACUUUAGACAAAGACAUUGGAGCCCAAUGUUUGUUUGUUUGUCUUUUUUAAGCAUGACUUGAAUAAAAUUGUUUUUAACCUAUUA